AUGAGCCAACUAGCCUUCAUAGGAUACGAUGGGGAUUCGUUCCCCUUUCGCUCCCAACCAUUUUCUAAUCUGAAGGCCACUCAAGAAGAGAUUACCAGUAGUACGGACCUUCAAUGGAUAUAUGAUCUCUCUCGUUUUGCAAAAGCUGGCUAUCUACAAUUUACUAUUGUUGUUGCGUCAUUGCUUGUUAUCGUCAGAUACUUGCUUCAUCGCCCAUACCCCAAUGUCACGGGGCCCAAAUGCAAUGCAUAUGCAGUAGUAUCAUGGCCGCUAGAGAUAUGCAGCCAACUCUUGCGAGCUGCCUCCUUGGCGUUCAUGAUCGCUGCCGUCGCUCGGGACGAAGGCAGGUGGGCUGAUGUCACUGCUUUGGCUUACGCCUUCAUCGUCGGUGUUCUGCGCCUAGUUAGCGAUUACGAAUGGAGACAUGUUGCCUUGCACCACACCAAUUUCGUCCUUGCUGGUUCUCUGCUUAUCCUUGCCAUAGGAGAGCUUCUUCCCUACGUUGAUGUAAAUCAUACUGAGGACAAGAGUCCAAUGAUCAUUUGCAGCAUAGCCACCUUGGCUACCGCUGUCUUCAUAGCUCUUGCCACUCGGAGGGAAUGGAAACCACCAUCUUUGGAUCCCACUUUAUCAUCUAAAAAGACUUUGAUGGAAAAGCCCUCACCGGAAGAAACGUGCAGCUGGUUGGAGUAUUACAUAACCUACGAAUGGCUCACGCCGCUUAUGCUAAGGGGCAUGCGUAAACAGGUGACUCUAGAAGAGCUUCCUAGACUCCCAUGGUAUGACGAGCCACUACUACUCCUCUCCAGGAUCCAGGGGGCACGACGGAAAGGCAAGUCAACAUUAUGGACACUGCUAUAUUUCCUACCAACCGAACUUAUCAGUAUGGGUGGUUGGAUUGCCUCAUCUUUUGUGUUGGAGAUGAUAGCUCCUUUUGCCAUGUAUAGACUUCUUGGAUAUCUGUCCCAUCCGGAAGAAUCUUCCUUUCGACCUUGGGCUUGGCUAAUUCUUUUAUUCAUUGGCCCACUGUCACGUUCCGUAUGCUUCCAGCAAUACAUAUUCACUUCGACUCGUCUUAUCGUGCGUGUCAAGGCCGCCCUUACCCAGGAGUUAUACUAUAAAGCAAUGAACUCUAUGGAACUGGAGGACGAAGUAUUCGCUGAAAUUGCGGCUACGGGUAAAGAGAAAAGAGUCGAACAAAACACUACUUCAACGGGACGCCUGGCAAACCUCAUGGGCGCUGAUACGGACGCCAUUACCAGAGGUCGAGACAUCGUUAUAGUUGUCUGUGGAAUAACCUCGGGGUCAAUCGUAUCCCUCAUUGGGCUGUAUAAGUUGCUGGGGUGGUCAGCCCUCGUUGGUAUUGCAAUGAUGUUGAUACUAUCACCGCUUCCGGUUUUAAUCGCCCGCCGCAUGAUAGGUGUCCAGCGUGACAUGAAAAGAAUACAGGACUCGAGAAUGUCGGCUAUCUCAGAGUAUCUCGCUUCAAUUAGGGCGAUCAAAUACUUUGCCUGGGAAGAUGCCAUCAUAGAGAGAGUCAACGAGAUCAGGUCAGGCGAACAAAAGAAGAUUUGGAGUCUGAACAUGCUUUAUAUCAUGCUUGGCCAGCUCACCGAAGCGAUCCCGACUUUGUCCCUAGUCCUCAUCUUCACUUUACAGGUGCUUGUACGCAAAGAACCGCUAACAGCAGAUGUCGCGUUCACGUCGAUAACCUUGGUUAGGAUACUACGCCGAAACCUGUCCAUGGCAUCAACCAUGUCGAGAUCAUUUACUGCCGCGACUGUAUCUAUCAAGCGCCUAGACCGAUACUUCCAAAACACUUCACCCUUGUGUUCGCAUCCAGUUGGCCCACUUUGCAUCAGUAACGCUACGUUCAGACGGAACAAGAAGGCUUCAUUUACUUUGCAAGACAUUUCUAUUAACUUCGUUGAAGGUGGUUUGAAUGUAGUGACGGGCCAAAGUGGGAGUGGCAAGUCAACGCUUCUCAUGUCGAUACUAGGGGAGACAAUUCUCGAGGCGGGCUCGAUUACGUGCCCAAAGGAUAUCGCCUACGCUUCGCAAAGCCCCUGGCUACAAAAUGAAACGAUUCGUGAGAAUAUUCUCUUCAAUAGUCCCUUUGAGCAAGUACGAUAUGAUCGAGUCGUCAAUGCUUGCGGGCUGCCUAUCGAUUUCAAUGAGUUUCCAGAAAGAGACGAAACAGAAGUUGGUGAGAACGGGGCGUCAUUGUCUGGAGGUCAGAAGUCUCGAGUCGCUCUUGCACGCGCUCUAUACUCGAAAGCUUCUUUGAUUCUUCUCGACGAUGUAUUUUCUGCUUUGGAUGCUAAGACAUCGGCAUUGUUAUGGGAGGAAGCAUUCUGCGGAGAUUUGCUCAAAGGAAGGACUGUGGUACUUGUCACCCAGCUGCCGUGGAUUGCACCCCAAGCGGAUCUUAGUAUAACACUGGAAAACGGCUCGGUCAAAGAUGUUCAACAAAACCUUGGCGUAGUCCGAAAAUCUGUCAUGCUGAAUAGGACGCUUGUCGAUGAAGGCAACGUUGAUGUGACAGCAGAAGAGGUCGCGGUGCACACGCUCGAUAUCCAUGGCGCAACGACUAACGGCAGACAUACCAACGGUGAUAUCAAAAGCCCUGAGGAUAAGCGCCGAGACGAGGUCACCCAGGAAGCCCUCAAGACCGGGCCAACUGCCCGUCUCCAAUUUUUCCAAUAUAUGCGGCUCUUUGGCAAUCCAAUAUACGCCAUAGUCGCCAUCACGAUGAGUGUUCUUUCCACUGCAUCGUUUGUCGGCACCGGGCUUUGGAUUGCGGUAUGGGUAGACGCCUACGGGAAGGACGACGCGUACGACAUCGCCUUCUACCUCGGCAUCUAUGCAGCGUGGAGUAUCGCAGAUAUCUUCUUCAGCGGCUUAACUUACAUCGCCUAUGAGAACGGUGGCUGGUUUGCUGCGCGGUCGCUGCACACUACGUUCAUGAAGGCUGUGAUGAGCGUGCCCCUUUCUUGGUACAAAACGACACCGGUGGGCCGAAUCGUGAAUCGGUUUUCUAGGGACAUGGAUUCUAUUGAUACGCAGUUGGCUGGUAUGCUCCGAAUGUGUCUGGAGAUGCUCACACGACUCGGCUUCCAAAUCGUAGCAGUCGGUUCGGUACUUCCAAUCUUCAUGUUUCCCGCAGCAGCUUGUUGCGCUGCUGGGGUUGUCGCAGGGGAGUUAUACACGCGGACUUCCGUGGCUGUGAAGCGGCUUCUGUCGUCCUCGCAGUCGCCCUUGUUCGCUCAAUUUGCUGAUAGUCUAGCUGGUCUUCCUGUCAUCCGUGCUCGCACAAACAUGCCGCAGAUCUUUGGUGACCAGUUGGCAGAUAAGCUGCGGGUAUUCGAGAGGGCCUCUGAAGCUGCUUUCAACUGCAACCGAUGGGUUGCACUCAAAGUCGACAUGAUGACAACGGUUGUUACUGUUGCUGCGGGGGCUAUCGCUGUGUCAAAAGCAGGUCUGGUGGCAGCCGGUCUAGUGGGAUUCUCGUUGACGAACGCAACGACACUCAGCCAACUCAUUAUCUUGCUCGUAAGAUCAGGAAAUGAACUUGAAGUUGAAUUGCAAAGCUUUCACCGAGUUCGAGAAUACGUUGCUGUCGAACCGGAAGAAAAGCCGGACGAGUACAAAAGCUUUGGCGAAUACUCUGACGAUCCUGAGACGGCUGUACCUGAUAACUGGCCAACAAGCGGCGAGGUCGAAUUCUGCAACGUAACUAUCAAGUACGACUUGGACGGCCCGGAGAUCUUGAAGAACAUCAACCUCAAGUUCACGGCUGGUGAGAGAAUUGCUGUAGUCGGACGAACUGGGUCGGGAAAGAGUACUCUGGUCCUCUCUUUACUGCGCUUCACCAACAUCGUGUCGGGCAAGAUCCUCUUCGACGGUGUAGACAUCACAAAAUUUCCACGAAGGAAACUGCGAGAAGCACUUACAAUCAUCCCGCAAGAAGCAGUGCUCUUCAACGGAGACGUACGGUCUAACCUAGACCCGACAGGCAAAAUCCCCGUGGAAACACUCGAGAAGGCUCUCCAGUACUGCAGCGGAAUCGCAUCGUUCCAGUACCACCAGAACGGCGAUCACGCGCAAAAUGGCCACGGACAAGCUAAUGGAAACGGGAUUGCUUACUCGGACGAGCCAGUUACUGCUACUGCUGACCUGGGCAUCACGCUUUCCACUCCCGUGAAACCCAAAGGUGAGAAUUUCUCCCACGGUCAGCGGCAGGUGCUCUCGCUCUGCAGGGCCCUGGUGCGUAAGAGCAAGUUGUUGUUACUUGACGAGGCGACCGCAAGCAUGGACUACGAGACCGACCAAGGCAUUCAGGAGGUCCUGAGGAAAGAGCUAAACGAGCAUGGGAGGGAUAGGACGCUGCUCACCAUCGCCCACCGGCUCAAGACUAUCAUCGACUAUGAUCGUGUAGUAGUCAUGAGCGCCGGCUCAGUCCUGGAAGUCGGAAGCCCAAAGGAGCUUUACGAGGCCAGGGGACAGUUCUACGACAUGAUGAAGCACAGCGGGGAGUUUGAGGAUCUAGAGGGAUUGCUUCAGGAUAAAUAA